AUGACCCUGGAAAGUGCCUUUUACGCCUUCGCCUCCUUUGGUGGCGCGCCCUCGAAAGAGAUGGACAACGCCCACUUUUCCAAGAUGCUGAAGGAGGCGAAAAUCAUUGGCAAGGUCUUCACCAGCACGGACGCCGAUCUACUUUUCAACAAGGUGAAGGCAAAGGGGGCCCGCAAGAUCACCUACACGGAGUUCGUCGACAAGGCUAUUCCUGAGAUCGCGACAAAGUUAAAGAAGUCCGUGGAUGAGGUGAGCGGGAUUGUCGCGGGCUGCUCUCCGGAGGCACACGCGACGAAGGCCGAUGCAGUGAAGUUUCACGAUGAUAAGAGUACGUACACAGGCGUCUACAAGGCCGGUGGGCCGACCAACGUGGAUCGCAACCCUGGCUCACUUGCCGGUGUUGUUGACCGACGCGUGGAGCAGACCGACGUGCGUGGCACGACUUCCACCCAGAAGUAA